UGUAUCAAUCUGCCGACACUUGAGAACGGGAAGACGAAAAACAACAGUCACGAACUUUUCGGCCCAAAAUGUGGAGACUUUGCCAUCACUUCGUCUGCAGAGUGAGAGUCUCUUCUUUGGCCGCCGGAAAUAUCCUGCAGAGGUCAGCACCCCUACCCUGUGCCCCGGCCAGGACUUGGUCUAGUGCCUCCUCCGGGGCCUUGGGAUAUGGGUCCUGGCCGAGGCACUAUGGCCCAGGGCAGGGAAUGGGCCUAGGGCAGGGAAUGGGCCGAGUCCAGGGGCACGUGGGCAGCAGUUUGGCUUGUCCGUCACGCCACAAGUCGAGCAAGUCAGACAAGAGAGGGAACAGAAGACAAGACUUUUCAGAUGAUGAAGAGUCAGAUGAGGAAGAAGAGUUAGAAUCAGCAGCAGACUUCCGUGAUAUGAGAGUGAAUGUCUCAUCCUUGAGACUGGAUGCCAUCCUCAAAGCUGGGCUCAACAUGUCACGCAACAAAGUGGAGUCUGCUUUUUACGAUAGCAAGAUUCGUGUAAAUGGUCAGAAAGUGAUGAAAAAGAGUAAGCAGCUUCAAGAGGAGGAUGAAGUUGAUAUCAUAAAAGCUGUGUCAAGCAAGAACCCUGCCUUGUUAGAUAUUUCACGUGUUGUGGUAUUGAGCAUCGGCAGCUAUAAUGAGGAUACUGACAAGAUAAGAGUCAGGCUUAGAAAAUAUCCACAACUACUUGUUGAGAAAUAUGAAGAUGACUUUGAAACGCCCUCAUAAUGCUAUCUUCUGAUGAUUUGUAAAAAAAAUAAGAUGAAAGUCAGUUGGUAUAUUGAUCAUAUGCAGUUAAAAUAUUUAUUAUCAUCCAUACAAUUUGUACAUAAUAAAAAUCCUUAAUUUUAGUAUGUAUUUUUGAUAAGAAACCUUUACUUUUAGAUAAGAAGUGCAGUCAUAAAUAACCAUUCAUAAUUCACUCUUGCUACAAUUACUGUUAAGCUUGCUCACCUUGUAACCAUAUGCAUCAGUAGAUUUGUAUAAAUAAAGAUUAUUUAACGUUA